CUACAUUCCUCUCACGGAAGGGAAUUGGGAUUUCCUUGGAUCCCCCAAAGAGCUACAUUUUUUGGUCUAAAUGGAGACCACAUUUUAUCUUUCAAACCUUUAUUUGCUUGAUUACUCCCAGCCAUUUACUGCAUCUCUAUUCUGGCCACAGUCAUUGGAGACAUACAAGUCAGAACUCAGAACUCCUUCCUAGGGCAGUUGCUAGGUACCUGUGCUCUCAGUUUGACUCCAAUACUCAUCUUACAUAUUUUUUAAUAGAUCUUGAUGAGUGUGCAACUAAGCAGCACAACUGCCAGUUCCUGUGUGUUAACACCAUCGGCAGCUUCACAUGUAAAUGUCCUCCUGGAUUUACCCAACACCAUACCUCCUGCAUUGAUAACAAUGAAUGCACUUCUGACAUCAACUUGUGUGGGUCUAAGGGUAUUUGCCAGAAUACUCCUGGGAGCUUCACCUGUGAAUGCCAGCGAGGAUUCUCUCUUGAUCAGAGUGGCGCCAGCUGUGAAGAUGUGGAUGAGUGCGAAGGAAACCAUCGCUGUCAGCACGGCUGCCAGAACAUCAUUGGGGGCUACAGAUGCAGCUGCCCCCAGGGCUAUCUCCAGCACUACCAGUGGAACCAGUGUGUCGAUGAGAACGAGUGCCUCAGUGCACACAUUUGUGGAGGAGCCUCCUGUCACAACACUCUGGGCAGCUACAAGUGCAUGUGCCCCGCCGGCUUCCAGUACGAACAGUUCAGUGGAGGGUGCCAAGACAUCAAUGAAUGUGGCUCUUCACAGGCCCCCUGCAGUUACGGCUGCUCCAACACUGAGGGUGGCUACCUGUGUGGCUGCCCACCUGGUUACUUCCGGAUAGGCCAAGGGCACUGUGUUUCUGGAAUUGGCAUGGGCCGAGGAGGCCCAGAGCCACCUGCCAGCGGUGAAAUGGAUGACAAUUCUCUCUCCCCGGAGGCUUGUUAUGAGUGUAAGAUCAAUGGCUACCCCAAACGGGGCAGGAAGCGGAGAAGUGCAAAUGGAACAGAUGCCUCCAACAUUGAGGACCAGCCUGAGAUAGAAACCAACGUGAGUCUCGCAAGUUGGGAUGUUGAGAAGACGGCCAUGUUUGCUUUCAAUAUUUCCCACAUCAGCAACAAGGUCCGAAUCCUGGAACUCCUUCCGGCCCUAACGACUCUGACGAAUCACAACAAAUACUUGAUCGAAUCUGGAAACGAAAAUGGCUUCUUCAAAAUCAACCAAAAGGAAGGGAUCAGCUACCUCCACUUCACCAAGAAGAAGCCAGUGGCUGGAACCUAUUCAUUACAAAUCAGUAGUACUCCACUUUAUAAAAAGAAAGAACUUAAUCAGCUAGAAGAUAAAUAUGACAAAGACUACCUCAGUGGUGAACUGGGUGAUAAUCUGAAGAUGAAAAUUCAGAUUUUGCUUCAUUAAUUCACCAUACAGAGACCAAAUAAUUAAAAAAAGAAAAACAACCAACGAUAGAUAGGUAGAACUGAAUUUUUCCCCCAAUCAGAAUCUUCAUAUCAUAGGUACAAUCUUUCACCAAAUAAAUUUCUAUAAAUAAGCACUAUUCUUAUAUUACAAAAAGUGAGGUACAGGUGACUACCCUAGUUCAAAACAACCACUUUCUCAGGCUUCUCAUGUGUGUAGCUGAGCUACCUUGUCAUAUGUGUUGACUCUUGGAAACUGGGACACGUAUUUUAUUGGGGGUCUGCCAUUCCUGCUGACGUGUCAUCCUUCUAGCCGAUGUACAGGAAUGUGCUUUCAAUCGAUGGACUGCUCUGUAUUUUCCAAAUUUUUAAACUUUGCUUCUCCAAAUACAAGUACUAGGUUGGCCAAUUAUAAUAUCUAUUUGGUGCUAGUAAAUUCUCAAACUAGAUCUAUAAAUGCACUGUAAUAUUUACACAACUUAGAAACCAAAUUACAAAUAUUCAGUUCAAAUACUUCAUUAAUUUCAAUCAACCAAAGUUAGUUCAGUAGCUUAUCUCAGUUAUGAGCAUAAUACAUUACAUGUAAAUUAAGUGUGUGUAUACUGUAAUCGUGCUAUUUUUUAUCAUUGAAACAUUUAUAAACUAGAAUAAUAAUGCCCUUAAUGUGAGGGUUUGUAAUGGUGCUUAUUAAGACCAAAGACUUGUUAAUUGUAUACACCAAGUGGUAAGGAAAUUUCUGUGACUGGCCCAUGCGUGCAUGGAGGUCUGGGAGGACCAAGCAGCAGCCUCAGCAGCCAGAGGAUCACCAGUGCAUCCUUCAUCACACCUGUGCAAUAUGCCAAGAUUACCCUCGGUCAUUCCUGUCAACAAGGGGUCCAUGUCAUAAAUGUCACAAUAAAACAGUCUCUCUUUUUUUAGUGUACCCUUGGCUUUGUGUUCUUGCAUGGACGCGUGAUUUGAGGGGGCUUUUCAGAGGCUAAAUAGAGUUUCCUGAAUUUAAAUUAUCCUGGGUGUGGUAGUGACAGCUUCAAAAGGUGCCAAAUGUAUAACCACUAGCAGAAAAAUUAACAUAUUUGAGUUAGUCCCUUGUUUUUAUUCAUUAAAGACAGCAGAGUUCUUUCUCGCCAAUGAGAAAUUUAGACUGUAGCAUCAUUUCUAAAACAUGACCUAAUUAAUCUUGUGAUUUUUAAACCACUAGAUUUAAGUAUUUUAGGAUAUCAAGUUCAGUCAUUGUCUUAGAGCACAUGUGUUUCAUUAUAAAAGAUUUAUCAUGCCCUCUCCCCUCAAAUAGUGUUGGCAAGCCUUAGAUGCUUCAUCCUUUCCCCCCCAAACAUCUGUUGUUAGUCAUCGCUAGUCUAAUUACAAAAGGAUAAUCCCAAAUUGAUUCCAAUUGAAUGCUAUAUCGCUCUUGUUUUUUGACUGUCAUCAUUUGAAGAUGCUGUUUUAUUUUAAGUGCGAUAUUGGAUAUUUAACAGUUAAGCUCACUGAAUUGAUAUGAAAUAAUUCUUAAAAUCCCCAAGGAGAGUAAAGGGUGGUAAAUUUAAAGGUGAAGUAAAAUUGCUACAUGAAGGAGACAGAACCCUUACAAGACCUAGGAAAUUCCUCUCAAAAUCUUCAAAAUGCUACACUAAAGAAGAUGGAUUAGGUAUGUUCCAUCUUAUUUCAGAAGACAAAAUUAAGGUUAGUUACCAUGAAGUUAGGUGUAACAUGCACCUUCCUAAUUACUGAGCUGCCCACUGAGGGAUGGAUUUCCUUGCAAUGUAGUGAGCUGUCACUCUUCAGAGGCAUAAUGGUUGUCAGGGGACAAGGAUACUUUCUUCUACCUAACAGGCCAUGAACAUCUUGGAAUAUUUUUUGUAUCUCUUAUUUUGCCAUCCAAAAAAAUCUUGCUUGUAAUAGGUGCUAAAUAGAAAUGAAUCAAAUGACUAUUUUGGAAGCAAUUUGUACCUUGGUUAGCAAGUUAAAAUAUUACUCCAAAUUUCCUUCUAAUUCUAUGCCUGUGGGUCUAUGAUGGAAGUGUACUAAAAUUGUGAGAGAAGAAUAUACAGCAUGCAGUAAGCUACAGUUUGCAUACAGAAAAUGUCUCUGAUAAUUUAACCAGAACUGCAUUAUAUUCAAUAAUGGAUUUUCUUUAUAACAAACAACAGAAGAAUAUAGAGUUGGCACAUGGUAGAUCACUUUGAUAUUUUUAAUAGUCUCAGUCUGGAUUGUAUUUAUUUCAGAGCCAACAAUUUUCAACAGCAUAUUUUCCAUGUUUCUGUCUGUAACAAAACAUUUUCCUCAUUGUUCCAUUGUAAAUAUUCCUCUUGUUGGAACCUUUUUAAUCCUGAGAUUGAAACCUGUACCUUUUAAUUGUCUGUGACCUUUCAAUUUUACUUUCAGUGGUUGACAAACUUGGUUUUGUAAAUCUCUCAGAAGCUUGAAAACGUCUUGUCUCUACCCCCCAGCCCAUUUCAUUUGCCAAUAACUAUUUUGUAAGUAGGGUUGAAAUGAACUCAGCUGGCCUUGUGAAAUGUUUAAACUUGCACAAACAACUACAUUUUUGUUCAACAAAUAGCACUUUACUCAGCCAAAAUUGCUUUGGACAUUGCCAUUACAAAUACUGUUAAACUUCAGAGAUCAUGUUUGUAAAUUAGAUGAGCCAAAAUAAAGGACAAUUAGGUUGA